AUAAACAGGAAGUUUUUUUUGUAGGAUUUAUUUUUUCCGCUAAAGUUAAUAACACACAAAAACAAAAAACACAACAGGGCAAAAUAUGGCAAUUAUGAUAAUGAUCACUGAAUCCAGUGUGGAAAAAAGACGAUUCCUGUGUUAUUAUCCAUUUAGUGUAACUCGGGUGUCUGUCACGCUGACUUUUGCGCUAAAUCUCCACAAAACCGCGUAGCAUUGAUAUCCUCAGAUCAUGAAGCCAGUGUUAUGACUGUGCGGCCAGGUAGAGGACGGCGCGAAGCAUGAUGGGAAGGGUAGUGUAUGUUCCGGGUUGGCUGCUGUGUUUCCUAGCGUUCGCCAUGGUUGUACUGAAAGGUGUCCCGUCGGUCCUGUCCCCGGAGCUGCUCUAUGUCCUGGCACGGAUGGGGCACGGGGAUGAAAUCGUUCUUGCAGAUGCAAAUUUUCCAGCGUCCUCCAUAAGUCGUUCUGGACCUGAACUUGUACGAGCAGAUGAACCUACGGUACAUCAUUCAGGUUUGGAAAUUCCCAGACUUUUGGAGGCCAUUCUUCAGCUCCUCCCAUUGGAUACCUACAUUCCAAGACCAGCAGCAGUAAUGGAUCUUGUGGACAGUGAUAAGAAGAAAGGCUUGCAGACACCUGUGUGGGAUGAGUACAAGACUCUGCUGCUGAAAUCUGGAUGUGAGGCUCCACUUGAACAAGUUGAACGAUUUGCUUUCUAUGAACGAGCAAAAAAUGCUUUUGCUGUGGUGGCUACAGGAGAAACUGCUCUUUAUGGAAACCUUAUUUUAAAGAAAGGUGUUAUCAGUCCAAAUGAUCUGGUAUAAGCUGUAAACCGUGAGAACCUCCUCUUAUGUUUGGAUACCCGGCGGUUGUGUGUGUACAACACUACUGCUUAUGUCAUCAGACCGAAAAUGUAAACUAUUUCUUUUUCCAAUAUAAAUGUUUUCAUCAGUAAACUUGAAGAGGGCAGAUCAUUGUGCACUGUUUCAUCUGUUCAUUACAGUCAGAGUCUAUGUGUAUCUGUGAAUUCUGCUUAAAUAUCUGAAGCAUUAAAUGGACUGCGCAAACCCCAGUGCAGAUGAUGAUCUAAUGUACUGAUGUAGGUUGCUAUGUACCAGGUAUUAUGUAACUUAACAGUGUGUCUUAAUACCUCUGAACACAAUACUGUGAGGGAUCCAAUAAGAGCUUGUCAUCCAGUAUGAUCUGGUGUAUUCAGUGUGAGAUUUGCUAGCAGAGCUAUCAUUUAUCAGAGAUCUGUUACCAUGGUGAUGCCUUCACCUUACUUCAAAGGUACCAGCUAAAUUAUCCCAAUGGGAGCAGUAUAUGUUUAAUUGCUGCAAUGGCUUUGCCUGCAAACACAGUAUUCUUUGUGAAUUCAAAUAGAGAAA